AUUUUAGGAACUGUUCUUAAGGAACGUUCAAGGCUCGAUUGGGCUGCAAUACUUGGACAAGGGUUUUCGCCUAGGCAGGUUGUUAGCGGUGUAUCUUGCGUGUACAACAUUGUGGACAGUGGUCUCAUUCUCUGGACGAGCAGGGACGGUGGUGUUUCAAUGCAUCUUCUGUUGGCCACUAGCAGCCAACUCAAACCAAAAUCUGGACAGGUGUCUAGGGGUGGAGGAUAUCAUUUCUACGGCGGGCGCUCUAUUUCUUUUGUUCCCUGUAGCAACACUCAGUGUGCUGCCAUUUGCUAUUCAGUCACUAUGAUAUUUUUCCUUCCCACAUUGCUUGCCAUUGCCAGAGUAGUAAUGGAAAUAUGUGCCUUCAAUGUUCAAUUUCCUAGUGGCAGAGUCUUCAUAUUCUAAUCCUGUGAUUAGUGCGGGCGACACUGCUAUGAUGUAUCCUCGAAUCUCCUCUAUAUGUACGAGAUCGAGGCCAAGACAUUCAAUUGA